AUGUCCCAAAUUUCGAUCAAGAAAGGCCCCAUCAGCCUCGCCGGCCUUCUCUUUAAACCCACUGAGUCGUCCAAGAAGACACCAGCUUUCGUUAUUGUCCAUCCAGGUGGUGGUGUUAAAGAACAGACUGCGGGAACAUAUGCGAAAAAGCUUGCCGAGGCAGGUUUUACAACAAUCGCCUAUGAUGCAUCCUUUCACGGCGCCAGCGGAGGAGAACCUCACUUCCUCGAAGAUCCAAAUGAACACUCGGAGAGGAUUGGUGUACUGGGAAUCUGUGCUGGAGGUGGUUACGCAGUUGCUGCCGCCAAGGGAGACCAGCGAUUGAAGGCCGUGGCAACCGUCAGUAUGGUGAACAUUGGAGACUCAGCGCGACUUGGAUGGGAUGGGGAUGAGGAUCCCUUGGAGAAACUCGACAACUUGAAGGCGACAGCAGCUCAGAUCACGGCUGAGGCGAAGGGUGCUGAGCGUGCAGCUGCGCCAUAUGUGCCUCCCCAGCCUGACGACAAGACUCCUCGAGAUAUGAGGGAGGCCAGCGACUACUACUUUACGCCCUUCCCUCGUGUUCUCACCUUUGAUGCAUUCCACCUAGCCGAUGUCUUCCUCAAGCAGCCAACUGUUCUCAUUGCUGGUUCGGAUGCUGGAUCGCUGUGGCAUACCGAGAAAUUGGACAAGCUCAUUGGCGGUGCGACUAAGAAAGUCAUUGUUCCAAAGGGAGCGCACGUGGAUUUUUACGAUAACGAAGUCUACGUGGGUCCUGCAGUGCUGGAUGUUGCCGAGUUUAUGAAGAAGCACUUGUCUUGA